AUGAGUGAUGCUGAGGAUCACCCCGAAAGUACCACCGACGAGAUCAAACCCAUCAACUUCGAAUGGACUCCAGAACUUGUGAAGAUUGGAACCUCUCGCGGCGCGAUACAUCCAUCAAUUGAUCCCGUCAAAUACGAAAACGGCCUCCCGAAUUACAAGCCCGACAUGACCCUUCCAGACCCUGCUGAUACGCGGGAGUGUUUGAAGUGGGUUGGACUAUCCGACAAAAAGAUCGUUGAAGUGGAACGGAAAUUCAAUGAUCUAUAUCCAGAUUAUCAAGGACCCAGCUGUGGAUAUGACGAGAAACACCACCGGACUGGCUACAACGAAAUUACGUUUGCAAAGAUUGAUAAAAUGUUGAAGAUAUUCAUCCAAGGAAUGCAUGAUGACCACGAUGAGUUUGAAUACACUCAUAAGGGUUAUAUCGAGAAGGGCAUCCAGCUAGGACUCCGUCCGGAAUUUGCAAUAUUCUGUGGACUACAUGAGGAUGAUCCCCGGGCAAUCGAAGAUCCCCGUCCAUUCGAGGAAAAUUGGUUUGAUUUAGGCCCGGCGGACAUCAUGGCGGCGAAGUUGGUUCACGAGGGGAAGGCAUGGGAGGAGGCUAAAGAGCAAGCGACAAAGGAAUAUGAAGCAGAAUGGGAGCUGGAGAGACAAGAGCAUGAAAGAUUGAUUGCAGAAGAGGAUGCAAGAUUUGCAGAAGAAGCCAGACAGGAGGCGAAGAUGCUGAAACAACAAAGCAUAGACAAAGCUGUUAUGCAGAAGCAUGAGGAAGGAACGCAGUGA